AUGCUAUCAUCCUAUUGUAUAUCUAUACGUGAUUAUGCUUAUAUUGGACGUGCAGGCUUGGCCCGACAUUAUCGGCUAAAUCCUGAUCAUGGGCAACUCUCAGCUGAGGAUGAGUUUGAACUUCGCAAUCAAGUUCUCCAUCAAUCAGCUACAAAUGGUCUCAAUAACAGUGGAAACAUUUCUGAAGACAGCAAUACACAAGAUUCUAUACUGGGAUUACCUUCUGUGCCAAAAAGCACAACCAUAUCUACUUCAGUCCCUGUCACAACUUUGAGUAACAAUGUCACUAAUACAAGCCCUGUCCCAAGUUCUGUGUCCAUUAGCACCAAUACUACAACAAGCACCACAUCCAAUAACAUUAAUCAUGUUGUACGAGGUCGAAAAUUAACCCAUCUUCACGAAACACCUGCAAAGCGUAAAGCAAGGUUAAAAGAUUUAAUUAAACAGUGUGAAGAUGAAGAGUUGAUGGAAAUUGUCUUGCCUCGGCUGGCAACUGUUAUCACGGUAUGGGAGUUUCUGUUGAUGAAGGUUGAGAAAGGGCGACCGUCGCGACCUCAUAUGGCUGAUGUUUUUAAGGAAUUUGAAACACUCCACAAGCAGGUACAAAAAAUGUGCCAAAAAUACCUUUCCCUUCUACCAGAGGGGGAGAACCAUUUGGAAGGCAAUUCCUCAAACAGGCUUCAAAUUCAAAAUCCUAUUGUUGCCCAAGCAUUGGGAUUAAGCACAGGAACAUAUGAAGUGAAGGAAAUACCUGUUCAUGAAGAUAACAACACAUUCCAAUAUAAGCUCUUGACUACUGAGCCUUCAACUCUGAGUGGAACUCCAUGUCAGACUGCUAAACGGACAGUUGAAUUGGUCACUCAAGAGCAGUUAGUUAGUCAGCCACUAAGUAAACGAAUACGGUUAGUUAGUCUGAAUACAAAUGACUUGUCUGAUUUAACUCAGUUUCCAGCAAACUCCAUUGUGACAUUACCUGGCUCAACUAACCAGCAACAACAGCAAUCACAUACAAGGUCGGUUGUGGACUGUACAAAUAAUCAGUCCCAGCUCCCUCCCCCUCCUCCUCCCUCUCAGCGGACACCCCUAUCAGAGACCCAUAAUAUCCGGCCAAUGGUCGAAGCUUCCAACAGUGGUUGUGUGACCAGAAUCUCUACAAAGAACAACAGUAAAAUGGUGUUUAGUAGUGCCAAUGCUGCUGCUCCUACCAGAACAAUAGUACAUUUCACAAACAAUACAACUGCCAGGAAUGGAGCAGUUGUGCAACUUGCAGGGACUGUGGGUGGAAAUGGAUCUGUCACUUCUAUUGCUGCUACCACCACCACAACAACCACAACCAAGACUACAACAGCGCCACUGGUCAAUGGGGUUGCAAAUGCCACCAGUGGCACAACAGUCAUGCUUCCAAUCAGAGUUGUUUCAACAGCCCCACCCUCAACACAACAAUCCUCGGCAGAACUGGUGCCACCCUUACCUCAUCCUCCUACUCCACCACCACCAUCACAGACCCCUAUAACUGUCUUGCCUCACGUGGCUACAACAACUAUGACACUACCAAAGGUAACCAGUAGCGCUGAAGCACUUGUGGCAAAUGUUCAUCAAUCUGAGAGUCCAAAACCCACACUACCACCGUCUGGAACUAACAGUGUAGACUUGGUUGAUGCAGCCAACCCCCUUCACCAACAGACACCACCAACUGUAUCCCUCCCUGUCUCUGUGACCCAGUCCCCACCCUCACCAACACAGACUUCUGUGGUGGCUGCAGUACCUAUGGCUACUGAGCCAUCAUCUCCUUUAACUGAACUUGCCCAAAUUCAACACAGUGGUUCCUCUCCGCAAAUUCAAAUGCAAUCGGAAAUGGAUGAAGUGGCAGCUGAAGCUCCUGCUGCCACAGCAACUUCUGGAGUUGGGGUGGAGCACACUGUGAUGGAAGUACCCCUUUCAAUGGAACCCACCCAGCCUAUUACGGUGGCUGUAUCCAAUGCCAGUGUUUUAGAUUUGGGACAUUUGAAUUCUGAAGACAAUGAGUUGAAAGCACGGGUGCUGGGCUCAAUUGACCAGAGUCAGAUUAUUUUCCAGGACAGUGUAGCCGGACAGAUAGUGACACCAGAUCAACUGGUGUCACACUCCAAUAUAUUCCAAACUGCUGACGGUAUCAUCAUCAUUCAGAAGCCAGACGGGACUACAAUGCAAUUCCAAGGGGAACAAAGCAUCUCUCUAGAAACUGUACCAGCACUCUUGGCUAUGGACACGGAGGGUCAGCUAGAACAAGUAACACCAGUCCAGCAACAGCAGCAAACCACUGACAUGGGAGAGCAAUGA